AUGAUUUUCAAAAGCUUCUUCAUCAUGGCUUUCAAUAAACUUUGUAUUUGGAAAGGGCUUCUUUUAACCUCUUUCCUCUGGCUUUUUGUGCAUGGACAAACCUCAGGGCCGUCUUUCAUGGUGACAUUUCCAGCUGUGAUCCAGUCUGGAUCUGAAGCCAAACUGUGUGCAAGUCUCCUGAAGCCCAAUGAAAGUCUCAUAAUGAACGUUUAUGUAGUGAAUGAUUUGGAGAACACAUUACUGCUGCAGGAGAAAACAGACCAAGAGUUUCACCGCUGCUUCAACUUCCAGGCUCCACUGGUAAAUGCAGAAUCAGUGCAGAAAAUCAAAGUGGAAAUUCAGGGGAUGUCUUUCAAGUUGACUGAAGAGAGAAAAGUGAUGUUUAAACCUUAUUACCCUUUGACUUUCAUCCAAACAGAUAAACCCAUUUAUAUUCCAGGACAAACAGUGAAUUUCAGAAUUGUUACUAUGGAUGGCAAUUUCGUACCUUUAGAUCAGAAGUACAGUUCAGUAGUGCUUGAGGAUCACCACAAUAACAGAAUUGGUCAGUGGACAAAUGUUUCCUCAAGGUGGAUAUUGCAGCUUUCUCAUGAGUUAAACCCAGAAGCCAGACAGGGCAUGUACACACUGAAAGCUUACAUUGAUGAAAGGAUGAUCAUGCAUAGUUUUGAAGUGAAGAAGUACGUUUUACCGAAGUUUGAACUGACAGUUAAAGCCCCAAAAGAAAUGAGUGUGGAUGACAAUGAGCUGAUCAUAGACGUGUGCGCAAAAUAUACAUUUGGACAACCUGUUCCUGGUAAAGGAUUGCUUGAAGUAUGCAGGGAUCAUUGGACAUAUCAUAAAUCUAUGAGUCCACUUUGUUUGGUUAAAACCACAGAGAUGAAUGAGAGUGGCUGUGCCUCUUGUAUCUUCGACCCUUCACUCUUUUUUAACUCUACAACUGAUAGAGACUUUAAAGAUUUUCUACGUGUUAAUGUGAAUGUGACGGAGGAGGGAACGGAAAAAACAAUGGAGAAAUCAGAGAAAAUAACUUUCACAUAUGAAAUUGGUAAAGCUGCUUUUGUUGAACUGCCAAGAAUUUUUGAGCAUGGGUCAAUUAUAGAAGGAAAGAUCAAACUUGAACAUUUCAAAGGCACACCAAUUCCUAGCAAAAAAGUUUAUGUUUUGGAAGCCCAGAGUUGGCCCUACAAGUUGCUCUUUAAUCUUACUACAGAUGACAAAGGAUUGGCCUACUUUUCCAUUAAUACAUCUACUCUGCCUAAAAGCGAUAUUGAACUGAGGGCAAGUGCAUAUCAAGAGUUUAGCUAUCCUGGCUUCAAAGUACCAUAUAUCUCUACGGAAAAAAAGACUGUUCGACUUCUUGAGCCCGCCACUCCAUAUACACCAACAUUUAGCGAAUUAGUUAUAGACAAAAUUGAAGAACCCUUAAAAUGUGAUUCUGAGUUUCCAGUCACCAUUAAAUAUUAUUUUGUUGGUGAAACUACUGAUGAUUUCAACACUGACAUUGUUUAUAUGGUUUUGUCCAGAGGAGUGAUAGUUCAUCAUGGAUAUGAGAAGGUUAAAGUGAAGACUUCUAAUGGAGCAGCGAAUGGAUCAGUGUCAUUCAAACUAUCUGUUAGAGCAGAUCUGAGUCCAGCUGUACAGAUUCUAGCGUACUGUCUUCUGCCCAGUCACAAGGUAGUCGCUGCCAGUAAAACUUUCAACACUGAAAAGUGCUUCAAUAACAAGGUGUCUGUGCAGUUUUCUCCUGCUUCAGCAGUUCCAGGUGAAGAAAACACUGUACAGGUGUCAGCUCAGCCUGGUUCACUGUGUGCUCUUAGUGCUGUAGAUCAAAGUGUCCUCAUCAUGAAACCAGGAAAACGUCUGAAUACAGAAAAGGUCUUCAGUCUGCUGCCUGUGCAGUCAGUAUCAGAUUAUCCUUAUCAAAUUGAGGACACAGAGUUUAAAUGUCUUAAAGUUAGGCCCCGUAGAGCUGCACCAGCAGAAAAUGCUUAUGAAAGUCUGAAGAAAGUGGGAUUAAAGAUGGCAACAAAUCGUUUUGUGAGACAUCCUCAUUGCCUAAUCUACCAAGGCAUGCAAUAUCACCAACGCUCUAUAUUUGUGUAUUCAGACAUGAAUGGCGUGGCAUUCUCAAGAGGAAUGGGAGGAUCACCACUUGCACAUGAUAACACCCUACCACCACCACCACCUCCUGUGGAGACAGUUCGGACCUUCUUCCCAGAAACAUGGAUCUGGCAACUCAGUGAAGUAGGUGACUCAGGAUCAACGCAGGUUCCUGUGAAGGUUCCUGACACCAUCACCACCUGGGAGACGGAGGUCUUCUGUCUGUCCUCUGAAGGUCUGGGUCUGGCUCCUCCUGCUCAGCUGACAGUUUUCCAGCCCUUCUUCCUGGAGCUCUCUCUGCCUUACUCCAUCAUCCGUGGAGAGAUCUUUGAGCUGAAGGCCACCGUCUUCAACUAUCUGUCCAAGUGCAUCAUGGUUACAGUAACUCCAGCUCCGUCCUCAGACUUCACUCUUAAAGCCUCCUCUGAUGAUCAGUAUUCAUCCUGUCUAUGUGCUAAUGGAAGAAAAACAUUUAAAUGGAUUCUCACUCCUUCUGUUCUCGGAGUGUUGAAUAUUACAGUGAGUGCAGAGGCAGAGCAGUCACAGACUGUGUGUGACAAUGAGAUUGUGAGCGUGCCGGAGAGAGGACGCAUUGACAUAGUUACUCGAAGUCUCCUUGUACAGGCUGAAGGAACUGAAAAGACAGAAACUCACAGCUGGUUACUCUGUCCAAAGGACAACAGUCUGUCAGAAGAGCUUGAUCUGACUCUUCCUAAAGAUGUGAUAGAGGGAUCAGCCAGAUCUUCUGUUUCAGUCAUUGGAGACAUAUUGGGCCGUGCGCUGCAGAAUCUUCGUGGAUUAUUACGGAUGCCGUACGGCUGUGGAGAACAAAACAUUGCUGUUCUUUCUCCCAAUAUUUACAUUUUACAGUAUCUGGAGAACACGGAGCAGCUCACCUCAAACAUCAGAGAGAAAGCAACAGGCUUCCUGAAGAGUGGUUAUCAGAGACAACUGAACUACAGACAUGACAGUGGUGCAUACAGCACAUUUGGCAGAGGUGAAGAGAAUACAUGGUUGACAGCUUUUGUCCUGAGAUCUUUUGGCAAAGCACAGAAAUACAUCUUCAUUGAUCCACAUGUUAUUCAGAGUGCAAAGGAUUGGUUAAUAAGAGGACGGAGUUCAGACGGCUGUUUUAUUCAACAGGGAAGUUUGUUCAACAACAGAAUGAAGGGUGGAGUAAAUGAUAACGUGACCAUGACUGCCUACAUCACUGCAUCACUGCUUGAACUGGAAACUCCAGUGACAGAUCCUGUGCUCACUCAAGGUUUGUCCUGUUUGAGGUCCGUCAUUGGGAAUCUUAAAAACACUUACAGCACUGCGCUGCUUGCCUACACUUUCAGUCUGGCGAGAGACACGGACACCCGACAGCAGCUUUUAAAAGAGCUCGACACUGUUGCCAUUUCAGAUGGAGGUCUCCUGCACUGGACUCAGAUGGGAUCUAGUGAUGAUUCUGGUUCUCUGGCAGUGGAGAUCAGCUCAUAUGUUCUGUUAGCGGUUCUCACAACAGAUUCAGUCACUACAGCUGAUCUGGGAUAUGCUAACAGGAUUGUCAGCUGGCUCGUGAAGCAGCAGAACGCCUAUGGAGGAUUCUCCUCUACACAGGACACAGUUGUGGCUCUUCAGGCUUUGUCUCUGUACGCCACCAAAGUGUUCAGCUCUGAUGGUUCCAGCACAGUGACGGUUCAGUCAGCAGGAGACUCUCACAGCUUUGAUGUGAAUCUGGACAACAAGUUACUGUAUCAGGAGAAGAAACUGAAGAACGUUCCAGGCAAAUACAGUAUUGAAGUGAAGGGAUCAACCUGUGUGUCUGUGCAGAUGGCUCUGUUCUACAACAUUCCCACCCCUACCGAAGCUAAGACAUUGAGCAUUGAAGCUAAAACUGAUGGAGACUGCAAACAAUUUUUUGGACAAAAUUUAGUUUUAACUUUCACUGUGAAAUAUAAUGGUCCACAGGAAAAUACUAACAUGGUCAUUGUGGAUAUUAAACUCUUAUCAGGAUUCACAGCUGAUACGUCAUUGCUUCACUCAAAUGCACCUCUCGUGGAGCGGGUUGAGUCUAAAGAUGAUCAUGUGAUAGUUUAUUUGAAAGAGGUUCCAACUACUCCUUCAAAUUAUCAGAUAAAAUUAAAUCCGGUUGUUCCAGUGAAGAAUCUCAAGCCAGCUGUCAUUAAAGUCUAUGACUACUACCAAACAAGUGAUCAGUCAGAGACUGAGUAUUCAUCUCACUGUCAAUGAGGGCUCGUGCGUCAGUUCUACAGCUCCAUUGUAAACCCUCAAGAGACUUGCGUUCUCUAAUGUUACUUUAAUGUUCAUUUUGUUUUUAUUUCAUGAAACUUUAAAUGUUCUGUUGGCUAUGUCUAAUUACAAAAGCCAUCAAACCCCCAGAAAGCUUUCGACAGUGUAACAAUCAGGUUAAACUAAUCAAAAUGUAACAGUAAUUA